CUAACGUAACAUUGGCUUCUCCUUCUCUGGGGGAAAAAAAAACGUACGAUCAGGUCCCCGGACAACGGAACGGCUGCUGCAACAUAAUCUCAAACUAGUAACCUACCUACCUAAGUAGUAACCUAGGACUCCAACCCCCAUCCGGGGAAAAAGAGGAGAACAAAGAAGAAGAAGAAAAGAUGGAGAAAAGCGAAGAUCUAAACGAUGACCCCAUCGCCGAGCUAAUCACUAGCUUCAACGAGCUCAACGCCGGCGCGGUCGAGGAGCUAGACGAGGAGCCGAGCCCGCUCGAGUUCAUGAGGUACGUAGCGCGGAACACCCCCUUCGUCGUGCGCCGCGGAGCCUCCGACUGGCCGGCGGUACGACGCUGGACCGCUUCCUAUCUCCGGGACGAGCUGGCCGGGCACCACGUCAACGUCGCUGUGACGCCGUAUGGAAACGCCGACGCCCCCACCGAGAAAGACGGCCAUCUGGUAUUCGCCAAGCCGCACGAGGAAGACCAGCCUUUCGAGGAGUUCCUCGACUACUUGACAUCUCAAGAGUUAUCAUCUUCCCACUCCUCCUUCUCCUCACCUGAGAGCAGAAGAGAAGUUCGGUAUGCUCAGACUCAGAAUGAUAAUCUUCGCAACGAGUACUCUUCCCUCUACUCCCAAGUGCCCCCCUCCAUCCCCUUCGCGCGCAUCGCCCUGCAAAAGGACCCCGAUGCCGUGAACCUAUGGAUCGGCAGCUCCGCGUCCGUAACCGCGCUUCACCGCGACAACUACGAGAACGUGUACGUACAAGUCGCGGGCCGCAAGCACUUCGUCCUGCUGCCCGCGCUGUGCCAGCCGUGCGUCAACGAGCAGGAGCUCGAGCCCGCGUCCUACGUCCGGGAGGCCGCCGGCGGCGGAAACCUGCUACGCCUGCAGAGCGAGGAGGACGGCGAUAAGGUCCCCUUUGCGAUCUGGGAUCCCGACCAUCCGACUCUCCGAAGUACCAAAUAUUCGCACCUGGCGCGACCCCUGAGGGUUACGUUGGAUCCGGGCGAUAUGCUCUAUCUACCUGCUAUGUGGUGAGUUGCGAGAAAAAAAGAAAAAAGUGUCAGCAUAAUGGAUCCUGAUAUAUCCCUACCUAACCUGCAUCAUCCCCUACAUCCCCUGAAUAAUAUACCUAGCAUUACCUAGAGAGAGAGAGAGAGUAUUUAUGACCUAUCAUUUUAGGUACCACAAAGUCUCGCAAUCUUGUUCCGAAGAAGGCAUCUGCGUCGCCGUCAACUACUGGUACGAUAUGGAGU